AUGACACAAAACACAAAGCUGGAGCUCGCCCCUUUCUUCACCUACGCUAGCUGCCCGCUGCCAUGCAUUUCUCCAUCUCAUUCGCACGCCUCUGCCGUUGCUCUUUCAUUGCUCUGUCGCACAGAACCGACUCGUCCCGAUUUUCAUGUGACAGAACUCAAAUGUGGCGGAUUUGUUGUUGGAUUCCACAUGUGCCAUAACAUCGCCGAUGGAUUCGGUAUGAUUCAACUCAUGACAAGUGUAACUGAACUAAUGGUUAAAGCAUCCCCGAGCCUUCUUCCAGUCUGGAAAAGAGAGCUUCUAACUACAGCACAAAACACAACCCCCAUCCCUUACCCAAACCCUGCAUACAAACCACUGCUAAAUAGCUUAGACUCUACAUCAGAUGACGUGAUGCUGUCAAUUCCGCCCAAUCGCAUGGUAGCCCAAUACUUUGUCUUUGGGCAAAGAGAGGUGGCCGCUCUACGAAGCCACAUACCAGGACACCUCGCCGAUUCAACCACAUCCUUUGAGCUUCUAACUGCAGUCAUGUGGCGAUGCCGCACCAUAGCUUUGGGGUAUGAACCUAGCCAGCGAGUGCGGCUUAUAGUCACCAUGAAUGCCCGUGGCAGGUGGAAUCGCCACACCCUCAUCCCAUGGGGUUACUAUGGCAAUGCACAUGUUUCUCCUAUAGUGGAACUGACAGUCGACGAGCUCUGUCGAAUGACGCUCGCCGACACAGUUGAGCUCGUGCGUGAGACCAAGCUCAGCGUGACCAAGGAGUGCCUGGCAUCGAUGGUGGAUACGACCGCAUACAUCCGUCAGAGGCCGUCUCUGACCAUGGACAGGACGUACGAGGUCUCUGACACCAGAUGGAUUGCUGCCGUGAAAGGACUGCAGCUUGGGUGGGCUGAGUAUGUGGGCGGCGGCAUACCACUCGCCGGCGACCUUACUUCCAAGCUGGGAAGCCAUCACAUGAGGUGCCAGAACGAGGACGGCGAGGACUCCACGGUGGUGUCGCUGCUGCUGCCGAGGCCGGCGAUGGAGAGUUUCAAGAAAGAGAUGGCUGUUUGGAUAAACAAGCAUGACAAGAAUCUCUAA